AUGCUUUCUGAGCAUCCUCAAGCUCCUACUAUUCCCACAGACCGAAUCAUCCCUCUACGCGUCUGGGAUGAUAUUCCACACAUACGCGCCUUAGUUCAUGACUGCACCUUUGGCUUUGACGAUGUGCUCGAUGUUACGAAAUUACGCAAGGCACUACACGAAUUGCUUCAGAUAGGAAACUGGGGACAGCUGGGUGCGCGCUUGAGGUUGAACUCGAAGGGAAAGCUCGAAUACCAUAUCCCAACCCAGUACGAUGAUGCCCUACCGGCAUUUAUCUUCACAACGACAAAACAUGAAACAAGUAUCAAUGAUCACCCAUUAGGAUCUCGGCUCCCACGGACUUCAUCAACCAAGGCGCCCUUCUUGGCCCCACGCGCGGCUGAAUUCGGUCCCUUAGUGUGUGGCGAUGGCUCGCCCCAAAUACUAAGGGAUUGGAUAUCAUCCGACCUACCGCAGCUCAGGGUUCAUGUGAUCCUGUUUGGUGAUUCGACUCUGUUGACGAUUACAUACCCGCAUACGCUGAUGGACGCGGUCGGGCGCUCAACAUUCCUGCGAGCCUGGACAGCCGUCUUGCGCGGCCGGCCUGGUGAUGUGCCACCCUUCCGGGACCUGUCUGAGGACCCGCUGGCCUCGCUUGGGGGUGAAGCUCCAGGGGCAAGCUACAUCCACGCCGACCGGGUUCUUCAGGGAAUUGGGCUGGUCGGAUUUGGGAUCCGCCACUUGUUCGACCUUUGGUUCCACCGUCAAGAAGAUCACCUUCUUCUCCUCCCUGGCCAAUUUGUGGAACGACUGCGACUGCAGGCGCUGCAGGAAUCAUCCCAAUCCAACGAUUCCUACCUUAGUGAAAGUGACGUGUUGCUUUCUUGGUGGGUAAAAAGCGUUACCCAUGCAUUGGACCCGUCACCAGACCAAACCAUCAUGUCGAUGAGCAUGUUUGAGGUUCGGGAUUUGUUUGAUGACUGGUUCCCGACCGGCAGCGCUUAUAUUGGCAACGCCAUUUUUCCCUCCUACACGCUGCUUUCUGUGCCGGAUGUCAUGAAGGGAAACAUUGAUACAUUGGCGCAAGAGAACCGUCGGGCGCUGAGCCGCCACCGGACCAAGGAGCAGGUGCAUGCCUUAGCGUCCCUCCAAAGCCGCUCGCUGCUAAAGACAACCCCGCUCGUCGGCGGCUCAAAUCUGGUGUUCAUGGCCUGCACUAACCAUCACAAGGCUCGGUUCUUCGAGCUGGACUUCUCCCCAGCCGUGGUCCGACCAGGAGUGCCCCUGUCAGAAAGGGCCAACCCGCUGGGGCGACCCUCGUAUGUGGGUAAUAUCGAACAUAGUGAUGGGUACCCAACAAGAAAUCUGCUGAGGGUGAUGGGGAAAGACGCCGCGGGUAAUUGGUGGCUUUCGUGCACUUUACAGGCGGGAGCCUGGGAAAAGAUCGUCAGAGACUUGAAUUUUGCUUUGAUGGAAAUGGACCAUCCCUUGAAAACUUGA